UGCUCUAAUUGUCAAACAACCACAACGCCAUUGUGGAGAAGAGAUCCCCAAGGUCUGCCCUUAUGUAAUGCCUGCGGUUUAUUUUACAAAUUGCAUGGUUCUGUUAGACCAUUAAGUUUAAAAACAGAUGUCAUCAAGAAGCGCAAUAGA